AUGUGUGAUGAUGUAAAAGAACAAAGAGUAAGCACAGAGUGCUGAUACAUCUUCACUUCUGUUUUUAAGUAGGAUAAAGUGUCUUCAACAUGGAUCAAAUUUCUUUUUAUCCUGACUUUGGUACUUCUUCCUUAUUUUGAGACUGUUGUUGCAAGUCCAGAGAAUAUUAGAAAAGAGCCAAAUUGUACCAUGUAUAAGAGUGAAUCUGUCUGCUCCAGAACCCUGAUCCCAGUUUGCACAGAUGAUGGAAUGACAUAUUACAAUGAGUGCUAUUUCUGCCUAGAAAAAUUAAAAUCACCAAUUAAAUAUAAAUAUCACGAUAUUUGUAGAAGAGAAUAUUGAUUUCAAGUGGUUCAUACAAUCAUGUAGAAUGUUCUCAACCAGUGCCUUAAAUUCCUAAUCAACAAAUGAAGUCUUCUGUGAUUCAUACUGUGGAAUUGAGAAGAUUGAAGAGUCUUUCCAAUGUGUACCUGAGACUGAAUGAUUUUAUUUUCAAUGAUUUGAUGGUGAUAUGGAUACCUAUUUUCUUAAUUUUUGUCUUAUCUUAUAUAAACUGUGAGUUUUAAUCAUAGUUGUUCUAAUAAAUAAAAUGUUUAAUAAUUUUAAUACUA